GUCAGUCUCGUCUGUCGGAUCGAGCCGACGACCAUGAUCGCUCAGUGCGGAGCAAAACCAGCGCCCAUGGCUGGAAACCCUAGCCAUUUCUCCCAAUCCAGUCGGAGCAGCGAUGGUGAGAGGGGCCGCGGCAGCGGCCAAAUCUCGCCGGCCAUGGCGGCGCGGCAGCUGCCCUCGCCGGCGCAGCAUGCAGCGGACUUAGUCUCGCGCGCUCCCCCGACGAGCGUGGUUCCAGCGUCGCGACCAUGGCGUCCAGUGCCGCGAUGUCGGGGAGCAUUUCGCUGGUGGUUGCCGGCGCAAACUUUGGCGGCAACGGCGACAUGCAAGGCGCGUAGGCCAGCCGACGCACGCCCCCAUCAGUGCAGGAGGGGCGGCUGCAUCUUUCCGCUCGUCAUCCCGAAGGACGACGACAUUCCGACCAUGGCGUGCACGCACGGCGGCGGCCGAGCGGACCCUGAAGGCCGGCGUCAUAAGGUAAAUCAGUCUGCUGUGAUGGUGAACGGGUUACAAAAAUACGGGUGGAAACUGAAGACCCUAGCGAUCAUAACUUCAGUCAGCCUGAUUUUGACGGCGUUCAGAUGUAGGAAAAGGUCGCUUCUGAUUUUCAUUUCCUUUUUCAUGCAGAUACCUCUUACCAUAAAGAGCGAGAAGUGUACCAACCGGUCUGGGUACUUUGGUUGAUCCUGACAUGGACCAACUGGAGGGUGCUCCCCCUGGCCAUGAGCCGAUCCACCGCCCAUUUCGCCGCUUGCUGGCUGUUCUUGUCCCGGUCGACGGCCACGAUGGUUGAGAUGUCCUUCCCGGCCUCGGGCUCCCCGCUGUGUGACGCUGUGGAGAAUGCCGAGAGGUACAUUUCUCAGCUCUCCGACCAGCCAACGAAGCGACCGAUGGGAGGGAGAGAGAGACAAAAGGGGAAUUUUGUCCCUCCUCCUCCCCCUUUGCUUAUCUCUCCUGCCCUGCCUGGCCGGGGUGUCCUCGUCCCUUGCUGUCGUGGCCGAACCCGGCCGAAACCGCGAUGUUGUUUUAGGGAGCUUGUGUUUGUUUUUGCCAAGUUUGGAUGCAGUGUGGUCGUGAGGAUUUUCUUAAUUUUCUGUGGCUCCUGUUUCCCCGCUUCUUAAGCAAGGGGUGUAGACGGGCGGACCACCUGUUCAAUGCCACCUUUUUGCUUGUUUCUAAGAAUAGCAGGUGACAGACAGGGGUGUUGCUGAAUUUCCUUUCUGAAUCUCGUGUGCAAAUUUUGCUAGUAUAACAAAUCUGCAGCCCUGUUUUGGUUUGGGUUUAAUUAAUUCCAUGAGACCCAGCUCCCUGUCCCCGGAGUACAAGCUUCGCAUCUGCCUGACCGAAUUUCUAGCAUCUGUUCGGUCCAACGAGAUGCCUCUAGUCUGGGUCCCUGCAGCACCAUCAGCCUGAUUGGUCUGCGUGCUGCAAGGCUAACUGAGCUCCCGUCAUUGCACCAUGAACUUCUGUUUCCAACAGCCUUUUCUCCCUCCCUCGCCGCAGCGCAGCCUUGACCGUGACAAGAACAGCCAGCAGGCGGCGAAAUGGGCGAUAAGAACAGCCAGCAGCCAGCAGGCGGUCAAAAAAGUGUAGCACCAAUAAAUCCAGGGGGUAAUAUUUGUAAAAUAGCUGAAUUGAGUCCAAUAUUGGUUAUGGAACCAAGUACCAAGCUC